UUGAGCCAUGACAGUUUAAAAAUGGUGUUGAGCUGGAUUAUUCCCGUAGUGCAGGUGCAACCAGAGCUACCAGAUGUCCUAACUGCAAAGGAUGGCAAGGCACUGCAAAAUAAAAUGAGUGACUUCCACCUUGACCUUAGCCCACUCAAGGAGCCCCUGGCUUUCCUCAAGGUUAUUGAGUGGUUCUUUUCUCUGUUUGGAUUUGCUGCAUGUGGAAGCUAUAAAGGUACGACCACAAUUCUAGUUUCCUGCAUAGGACUUGUGAACAGAACAGUAACAGCUACUUUUGCCUACCCUUUCAGGCUGAACAAAGUUAUAUUUAGUUCUCCAGAUCCUACCCGAUGCAAUGGCACUUGGACUGACUUCCACCUUGUGGGCAAUUUCUCUACCUCUGCACAGUUCUUUGUGGCAUGGGGGGUAGUGAUAUUCUUGUACUGCAUGGCUGCCCUUCUGCUGUACCUUGGUUAUAUGCACAUAUAUCAGAGCGGUGGCAUUUUACCAGUUAUAGACUAUGCCUUCAGUCUUACCGCUGUCUUUCUAUGGCUGGUUAGUACUGCUGCCUGGGCAAAGGCCCUUGUUGACAUCAAAAUUUCAACUGGCCCAUACAUUAUGGAAGAAAUUGCUGCUUGCAAAGUAUCUGGAUCCUCCUGUGUAUUUGGUUCUGUUAGUUCCAUGGGAAGUCUGAAUGUCUCUGUGGUUUUUGGCUUACUAAAUGUUAUUCUGUGGGGAGGAAAUACUUGGUUUGUGUACAAAGAAACGUAUUUUCAUAAACCAAGUGGUAAUUCCCCAAACACUGGGCUCUACCCACCUGCGUCGGGAAUCUAAAGGAAUCAAAAUCAUACCAGAACAGUUUUGUUGUAUCCUGUAUCCAAGAUUUUGAAAGCCCUGCAUUUCAAGUACUUCAGUUGUAACUAAUUUUUAAGGAUAUAAAACUUCAAAGCCCAUCCCCUCGAUAAGAAAAACUAGGCAACUUUGGAAGGGGUGGCUAAUACUUUGUUAGAUAGUCUAAUUCAAUCAAAUUUAUGUGUGCCUUGUUAAAAUCUAGACUAGAAUUCAGGGAAGAACAUUUUGUAUUGAUAGUAAAUACCUGUGUACGAAAUCUUGUAAUAGUAACUAGUCCUCUUCUAAAUAUCCAUUCAACUUGUAAUCUGCGACAUUCAAAAUAACACUGUUAUAAAUUCUAGUGCUAAUAUCAUAAUGCUUUGCUAAAAAAGGUUGAGUUUCUGAUUUCAGUGUAAUUGCUUAAUGUUCUAGAGAAGAAAAUAAAUCUUGGACACAACUUGAAAUUUACAUAAGGACAGGGGCAGCUCCUUUAAAUGUUUGUGGUGGUUACCAAUGCCCAUUUUAAACCCAAUGAUCACCACUGACAACAUGUUUAAAGCUAAGAUCUGUAAGUACUUGUCUGAACAGAGUAAAAGCUGAACAGUAUUAAGUCUAGAUGUAAAAACAUGGCAACGCUUUUGAGGAAUUUAUUGUACUUUUGAAGAAGUGACUGCUUCAGUUAAAUUAAUAAAUGGAGGUUUCUAAGAA